GCAACUUGAGAAGCUUAUAGAACUACAUAAAAAGGGAUUUUGAGUGUCACAGUGAGCCAGAUUACCACCAGCAUCCAUUCUGCUAGCGAAGAUGUGGAGAUUAAUGUGCGUCACUUUGAGCCUUCUCAUGUGUGCCAAAGGUUCACUUUCUCAGUUGAAUGUUUGUGGACUGUCUCCUCUAAACACUCGUAUUGUUGGUGGUGUAAAUACACCUGAGGGCUCAUGGCCGUGGCAGGUCAGUCUCCAAAGCCCUAUCUACGGAGGUCAUUUUUGCGGAGGCUCCCUCAUCAAUAAUGAAUGGGUGCUGACAGCUGCUCACUGCUUAUCUGAUGUCACUGCAUCCAGUCUGCGUGUGUAUUUGGGAAGGAGGACACAGCAAGGAGUCAAUGUCAAUGAAAUCAGUAGAACUGUGAGAACAAUAGUCGUCCACUCCGCUUACAACAGCGCCACAAAUGACAAUGACAUCGCUCUGCUCCGGCUGUCCUCCACAGUCACCUUUAACGACUACAUUAGACCCGUGUGUCUGGCGGCCCAGAACAGUGUCUUCAUUUCUGGCACCAGCAGCUGGAUCACAGGCUGGGGAGAUAUUCAAGCUGGAGUGAGUUUACCUGCUCCUGGGAUCCUACAGGAAACUAUGGUUCCAGUGGUGGACAAUGUCCGAUGCAAUGCUUUGCUUGGUUUGGGAUAUGUUACCAACAACAUGAUAUGUGCCGGUUUAACCCAGGGAGGCAAAGACACCUGCCAGGGGGAUUCUGGUGGUCCGAUGGUGAGCAGGCAGUGUACAGUGUGGGUUCAGUCUGGUAUCACCAGCUGGGGUUAUGGCUGUGCUGAUCCCAACUCUCCUGGUGUUUACACCCGAGUGUCACAGUAUCAGAGUUGGAUCACAAGCAACAUUGGACAGAACGCACCAGGAUUUGUCACCUUCAACCCCCCGACCUCGUGCUCCUCUGCCAGCCUAACCGCAACCUCCUGUAGGGGGAGAUGCAAUGAGAAGUUCAACAUUCGCUUUCGCUGCAACUGCAAUACUAACUGCAGUAUAAACUGCUGCAAAGAUUACACACAGCGUUGUGCCAUGUAAGUUCAGUCAUACCUCCAUGGAAUAUGAAGACAGGCUUCACAUAACUUGCACAUAAGUCAGAUGAUCUUUAUCUGCUUGUUCUGAGAGGAGAUUUUACGUCAUUGCUGCUUUGGAUGCGUUGCAGUCGAAAACGAACACCAAUGCAAACAGCCUGUACAAAGAACUGCUGCACUGACUUCACUCAGGAGUGUAAAUAUUGUUUACGUUCAACAUUUGUUUACCAGAAGCACUUACCUCACUUCAUUAGUAGAAUCCUUUUGUUUUUCUCUUUCUAAUCAGCAUGUUACCAGCAAAAUUUGGGACAAUUAAUAUAUAUAAUUGGAAUUUCUUUCUUUUUGAUAACCAUACAUUUACAUUUACACAUUAAGCAGAUGCUUUCAUCCAAAGUGACUUACACAUGAGGAAUAAAGCAACAAUCCAACAAUUGUAGAACACAAUGCUAGAUUUAUUAGACAACUAGAUGAGGAACCCGGCGAAAGAAAAGAAGAAGUGCAAAGAUUGUGUGUGUGUUUGUGUGUGUGUGUAUAUAUGUGUGUAUGUGUGUGUAAUGGCAUAGGUUUAAGAGUGUGGGGUGAUUAAGUGCUUGCGGAAGUGGUUUGCCAUUUCUGCUCAUAAAUAAGCUGUGAUUUCUUUGAUUAACUUUAUUUUUAUGUCACACAGUUCUUGACCACAUGUAGGUUUUGUAUUAUAUAAUGUAAGUGUAAUGAUAUGCUAUGACUUUUAUCAGAAUCAUUAAAUACUUUAAAACAC